CGAUACCCUUCUGGGCCACCAUAUUCCCCUCCGCCCCGCCCGCCGCCGAACGAGUCUCCGCGGAGAACACCAACCAGGACACGUCCAUGUCGGCGAGUGUGCACUGGGCAGCACGGAUCCGGGCACAGCACGAUCACACGACACGACACGAUUACACGGCGCAACCCGACACGACCCAACAGAUGUUACAUGCUGCAGCGAGGCAAGCAGGCAGCCACGCAGGCACGCGCGGGAACAGAGAGCUACCAAGGUACCUUGGGCUAGGAUAGACGAGGCGAGCCAUCUCUACACCAGGCAAGGCAGGACAGAGCAGAGCAAGGCAGGGCAGGGCAGAUCAGCAUAGGGAAGAGCUGCGGAGAUGGAUUCCAACUCGCUCAAACUGCUGUCGGACAAGUUCUACGACAAGAGGAAAGCAGGAGCGCUCGAGCUCGAAACGGUUAUCCGCGCCGCCCUUGCCGAACAGAACCACGAGAGAAUCGGCAAGAUUGUGUGGCAGCUCUGUCACGACUAUGCUUAUGCCGUUCAUCAGCCACAUGCCCGCAAUGGAGGCCUCAUAGGUUUGGCCGCCGCUGCCAUAGCGUUGGGAGCCGAAGUUGCACGCUACCUGAAAGAGAUAGUACCUCCAGUGCUGGCAUGCUUCUCCGACCAAGAUGCGAGAGUCAGAUAUUAUGCUUGCGAGAGCAUGUAUAACAUUGCCAAAGUCGCCAAGGGCGAAAUCCUCAUCUACUUUAAUGACGUCUUUGAUGCCCUCAGCAAACUCGCUGCCGACACCGAGCUGUCUGUCAAGAAUGGCGCCGAGCUGCUCGAUCGAUUAAUCAAGGAUAUCGUCUCCGAGUCGGCUGCAACAUACACAUCGGUACUGCUCACCGAAGGCAAGGAAUCCGCCGAACUCACUCCAGAUCAAAGUGUCGACAUCCCCCAAGCCUUCAACCUGGCCAAGUUCAUUCCCCUACUUCAAGAGCGCAUCAAUGUACAAAAUCCUUGGGCACGAACAUUCCUGGUACAAUGGAUUCUGCUGCUAGACUCAAUUCCCGACCUGGAAUUGGUAUCUUACUUGCCCUGUUUUCUCGAAGGUCUGUUGACAUUUCUCGGCGACGGCGCUGCAGACGUUCAUAACACGACCAAGGAGGUACUGAAGAGAUUUCUGAAGGAAAUUGGGAAGAUUGCCGAAGUGAAGCAGAAUGUGGCCGAGAGCAGAAAAAGCCGAGACGAUCAUGAGCUUGACAGGAAGGCAAGCGUUGCAAGCGAUGCCGUGGAAGAUCCGACAAGCGACGUGGAGGAACCCGAAGCGGAUCCUGCGCAGAGUCGCGAGAGUAGAGAGAAUGGCGAAACCCUCGCGACAGAGACGCCCGACAUCGCUGUAGGUGAAGAAGAUGCAAUCGGAGAUGGCGCCUCCUCUUUCACUGCCGCAGACGGGGAGGAUGCAGAGGGCCCAAGUGCCGAGGACGAGUGGAUCCCAGGACAGGAUGUGCAGAUUGACUAUCCAAGAAUCACGGCAAUACUGGUCGACUUCUUAGCCCGGUCAAGAGAGGAGGCAGUGCAGCUUACAUGUCUGAACUGGAUCGGGACCUUCCUCGAAAUCUGUCCUGAGGACAUCCUCCCUUUUACACCAGCUCUCCUGCAGCAAUUACUGCCUGCGCUGUCGCACGACAAUGACCACGUCAGCGACGAAGCGAAGAGGGUUAACAAUGAGCUCAUGAGAUACAUCAUGUCUCUUCCUGAUGAUCCAACACGAGCACACGGCGGAAGUGUGGAGCAGCCGCUACAAACUUCGACUCCAGCUGCAACAGUCGCCAACGCCACCAGCGGGAUGCGAGCAUUGAGGGAUAAUGCAGGCGAUGUAAAGAGAGAGUCCCUGAGUGGUAGAGCGGCUCGUAGAACGCCAGAGGUUCCGGAGUCUAGGACGCCCGACGUCGCCACUCCCGAGCCGCCGGUUGAAGAUGCUGAAGUUGUGGAUGCUCACCCGGACCUCGACUACGAAGCCGCCGUGAGUGCACUGACGUUGCAAUUUUUGCAUGAGCAUGAAGCCACCAGAGUGGCCGCACUGGCGUGGUUGAUCAUGCUGCAUCGCAAGUCACCGAGAAAGAUCCUGGCCAUCCAAGAUGCGACAUUUCCUGCACUCCUGAAGACGCUUAGUGAUCCUGCAGAAGCUGUCGUCACUCGCGAUCUUUUGCUUCUAUCCGAAAUCAGCAAGAGUAGUGACCAGAGUUACUUCACUUCAUUCAUGGUUAAUCUCCUGAAGCUCUUCGAGACUGACCGCCGGCUACUGGAGUCCAGAGGCAACCUCAUUAUACGGCAGUUGUGUCUCUCCCUGUCGGCAGAACGCAUCUUCAGGACCAUGGCAGAUUGUCUGGAAAACGAUGAGGAUGAUGUCGAGUUUGCAUCUAUCAUGGUGCAGAAUCUGAACAAUAACCUCAUUACUGCGCCUGAGCUUGGUGAGCUGCGCCGACGACUGAGAAACCUCGAUAGCAAGGAUGGACAGAGCUUCUUCACAGUCCUGUUCAAGGCAUGGUGCCACAACGCAGUCGCCACAUUCUCGUUGUGUUUGUUAGCGCAAGCCUACGAACAGGCGUACAACCUACUGCUCAUCUUUUCCGAGAUUGAGAUGACAGUAAACAUGCUUAUUCAGAUCGACAAGCUGGUGCAGCUUCUUGAAUCGCCCGUGUUUACAUACCUGCGCAUGCAACUCCUUGAGCCCGAGCGACAUCCCAACUUGUACAAAUGCUUGUAUGGCCUACUCAUGCUUUUACCACAGAGUAGUGCUUUCGCGGCACUCAAGAACAGAUUGAACAGUGUGUCGGCGAUAGGCUACCUCCACAUCCGCGAUCGCUCAGGACCUCCAGUCCCAGCCGCAAGCAAUCUCAGCAACUUCGGGGAACGCAAUCGGCUCAAGAAUCGUGAAGAUGGUGGUGGUAUCAAGUGGACUGAACUUCUGGAGAAGUUCAAGGCUACACAAGAGAAGGUCAGACGUUCACAGAGACGACAGCUCAUCAACCAGCACGGCCUUGAAGACGCAGCGGCUCCACUCAAGGAACCGGUGAAGACGCUUCAGCCUCCUGCACCUCAGCCGAAGCCCGACCACCUCCAGCAGCCUGCCGCUCGCCCUGCCCCAGGAGCUCCAACGGGCCAUCAGCGAAAUAAGAGUAGUCUCGGCACCCUUGGUAGUAGACUUACAGGCAGUCGAGGCGCCGCAAAGAGCAAGAAGUAGAGCUCUCGAGCCUCAAGCGCUGCGUUCCAGUCUGUCCGACAAGUCUUUGUGGACUUUGUCCAGGACAGUGAAACUGGCGACAAUGCUGUCGCUGAAACAAGCGGUGGCAAAUUCUCCCCUGGAAGACUGAGGUCGGAUGAUUCGUGGCAGACUUUCUCUUCUGCCAGGGCACAAGGGUCCUCCGAGGACAGUAGCGGAUAUGUGCAUUUUCCAGAUCAGCUUACGCCAGAUUCUGUCUCUGGUGCCAACCGUGAUUCCCCAAAGGUUGAGCUUGGACCUGUUCCGGUCAAGUCUGCCAAAGGUAAAGAGAAGAUUAGCAGACAGAUUGAUAGUGAUGAAGAGGAAGCAUUGAGGAACGACAGUACUUGCGACCCAAAGCCGACGAAGAAAGCACAUCAUACACCCCAUUGCUCCGUUGACUGAGCCCAUUGCCCUUAGGCUGGCCGGGAGGUGGGCAGUUUGGUGCUUUCGUCAUUCUUGGUACAGCGCGGCGCUCUUGGGAACUGGUGGUGACAUUGGCAUAGCGAUGGAAUUGGGUUCCGGAUGCAUACAUGAAGUAUAAGAGCAUCAUAUAACAGUCGUGCUUGCAUCAUCAGAGCGUCCUCUCGGGACAAGAUUGUACUUAUUACAGUAAUGAGCAGGUAACACACGCGAGAAGCACAUUACAUAAUUAAUGCCAAUGAUUACGAAAUGAU